AGACUGAUUAGAAAAAUAUUAGCAUAACCAAUUAUUUUACAAAGAGGCUCCCGAAACAAUUAAUUUGUCUUGGUGAUAAAAUAUAGUGUAAUGAGUACAAGACCUUAGAUCACUAAUUGUUGGCAGAGGUCACAGAAGUCAAAAAAGAUAGAGCGGCAAAUAUUAAAACCGUUCCUAGAAGGGCAACUCCUUAUUUGGCAAUUAUGUUACGCAUGGUUCAUUUUUGUCUGCUUCGUGGGAGGUCUAUACGUCAUUAUUCCUCUGGUUGGGCUGCUUUACCAGAGUCUCUUCGCUACUAUCGAUGAAAACACUGUCAGACCGCUCCAGUUCCCCAUGUGGCUACCUAACGAUGACCCUUAUAGGACACCCAACUAUGAAAUCUUCUUGGUCAUCGAAUCAACGCUGAUCUUUUGUUUUGUACAAACUUUUUGUGUAUACAUCUACACGCUGUUACACAUCCUACUGCAUUACUACACAAUAAUGAACAUGAUUAUAAUAGACUUCAGCGUCAUAUUCGAGGGUCUGGACGAAUCCGUGGCUUUACUCCCUCGGCACGAUCAGCGGAGAAGAGAAACUCAACUCAUCCUGAACGCUAGGAUAGCAAAAAUUGUGAGAUGGCAUCUUUCUGUCUUUAAGGCUGUGAGUACGGUGUCCUCUGUGUACGGUCCUCCUCUGGUAUACCAGGUCUCCUUCAGUUCUCUCGCUAUAUGCCUGAUAGCGUACCAGAUUGCAGAGAAACUCGACAACGGCAAAGUAGAUAUUCUGUUUUGCCUGCUAGGCAUUGCAGCGUGCUUGCAACUAUGGAUACCUUGCCAUCUAGGCACCAUGAUUAGAAACAAGGCAUUUGAAGUCGGAGAUGCGGGCUGGACAUGUGGUUGGCACGAGACCCCACUGGGCCUGAUGAUCCGCAAUGAUAUCCUAAUCAUAAUUCUGAGGGCACAGAAGCCUGUCACCAUCAAGUUCACUGGUUUGCCCAGCGUGCAGCUUGAGACUUUCUCCUCCACUAUGAGCUCCGCAUACUCGUAUUUCAACAUGCUGCGACAGUAUAGCAAAUAAUUUAAAAAUUGAACCAGCACCAAAUAAUAUUUAAUUUGAUUAUAUUUAAUUGCUCAUGUUCUUUACGGGUUUUUGUAAGUAGUAUCUA